UUUAUUCUAACUGACCAAAUUAAAAUUGUGUUGUUUUGUUCAAACAGGAAAAACGACACAGCACAAUGGUCCCGACCUGGAGGAAGGUGAAGAAAAAUCACCCCUUCUUCAGCCUAACACUCUGCAGAAAGAUGUUGCUGAUAUUGAGGAAGGUGAAGAAAAAUCACCCCUUCUUCAGCCUAACACUCUGCAGAAAGAUGUUGCUGAUAAGCCACUUGUCAAUCAUGUAGAGACCCCACAGACAAAUGAGACAUCCAUUGACCAGGUGGGGACCCUGCUGAAGGAUGUUGCUGAUGAGCAAGACGUGGAUCAGGUUAAGACUCCGCAGAUGGGUGCUGCUGAUGGGUCAGUUGUCAAUCAUGUAGAGACCACGCUAAAUGAUGCUGCUGAUAGGUCAUCCCUCAAUCAAGCUGUGACCCCAAAGAUGGAUAUUAAUGAUAAUCAAUCCAUGGAUCAGGUUAAGACUCCGCAGACGGGUGUUACUGAUGGGUCAGUUGUCAAUCAUGUAGAGACCCCAGUAAAUGAUGUUGCUGAUAUGUCAUCCCUCAAUCUAGCUGUGACCCCACAGAUGGACAUUAAUCAUGGACAAGCUGUGAAUCAGGUUGAAAUACUGCAGACAGCAGUUGGUGACGAGCAAGCUGUACAUCAGGUUGAGAUUCUGCAGAUGGGUAUUGCUAGAGGGGCACUUGGUAAUCAGGAUAAGACCCCACAGACAGUUGUUGCCAAAGGGCCAUUCGGUAAUCAGGCUGAGACCCCACAGACGAGUGUUUCUAAAGUGCAAUGCGGUAAUCAGACCAAGACCCCACAGACGGGUGUUGCUAAAGUGAAUUGCGGUAAUCAGGCUGAGACCCCACAGACAAGUGUUUCUAAAGUGCAAUGCGGUAAUCAGGCUGAGACCCCACAGACGAGUGUUUCUAAAGUGCAAUGCGGUAAUCAGUCUGAGGCCCUGCAGACGAGUGUUUCUAAAGUGCAAUGCGAUAAUCAGGCUGAGACCCCACAGACGAGUGUUUCUAAAGUGCAAUUCGGUAAUCAGUAUGAGGCCCUGCAGAUGAGUGUUUCUAAAGUGCAAUGCGGUAAUCAGACCAAGACCCCACAGACGGGUGUUGCCAAAGUGCAAUGCGGUAAUCAGACCAAGACCCCACAGACGGGUGUUGCUAAAGUGAAUUGUGGUAAUCAGGCUGAGACCCCACAGACGAGUGUUUCUAAAGUGCAAUUCGGUAAUCAGUAUGAGGCCCUGCAGACGAGUGUUUCUAAAGUGCAAUGCGAUAAUCAGGCUGAGACCCCACAGACGAGUGUUUCUAAAGUGCAAUUCGGUAAUCAGUAUGAGGCCCUGCAGAUGAGUGUUUCUAAAGUGCAAUGCGGUAAUCAGACCAAGACCCCACAGACGGGUGUUGCUAAAGUGCAAUGCGGUAAUCAGACCAAGACCCCACAGACGGGUGUUGCUAAAGUGAAUUGUGGUAAUCAGGCUGAGACCCCACAGACGAGUGUUUCUAAAGUGCAAUUCGGUAAUCAGUAUGAGGCCCUGCAGACGAGUGUUUCUAAAGUGCAAUGCGGUAAUCAGUCUGAGGCUCUGCAGACGAGUGUUUCUAAAGUGCAAUGCGGUAAUCAGGCUGAGACCCCACAGACGAGUGUUUCUAAAGUGCAAUGCGGUAAUCAGGCUGAGACCCCACAGACGAGUGUUUCUAAAGUGCAAUGCGGUAAUCAGUCUGAAGCCCUGCAGACGAGUGUUUCUAAAGUGCAACGCGGUAAUCAGACCAAGACCCCACAGACGGGUGUUGCUAAAGUGAAUUGCAGUAAUCAGGCUGAGACCCCACAGACAAGUGUUUCUAAAGUGCAACGCGGUAAUCAGACCAAGACCCCACAGACGGGUGUUGCUAAAGUGAAUUGCGGUAAUCAGGCUGAGACCCCACAGACAAGUGUUUCUAAAGUGCAACGCAGUAAUCAGACCAAGACCCCACAGACGGGUGUUGCUAAAGUGAAUUGCGGUAAUCAGGCUGAGACCCCACAGACAAGUGUUUCUAAAGUGCAAUGCGGUAAUCAGGCUGAGACCCCACAGACGAGUGUUUCUAAAGUGCAAUGCGGUAAUCAGUCUGAGGCCCUGCAGACGAGUGUUUCUAAAGUGCAAUGCGAUAAUCAGGCUGAGACCCCACAGAUGAGUGUUUCUAAAGUGCAAUUCGGUAAUCAGUAUGAGGCCCUGCAGACGAGUGUUUCUAAAGUGCAAUGCGGUAAUCAGACCAAGACCCCACAGACGGGUGUUGCUAAAGUGAAUUGCGGUAAUCAGGCUGAGACCCCACAGACGAGUGUUUCUAAAGUGCAAUGCGAUAAUCAGGCUGAGACCCCACAGAUGAGUGUUUCUAAAGUGCAAUUCGGUAAUCAGUAUGAGGCCCUGCAGACGAGUGUUUCUAAAGUGCAAUGCGGUAAUCAGGCUGAGACCCCACAGACGAGUGUUUCUAAAUUGCAAUGCGGUAAUCAGGCUGAGACCCCACAGAUGAGUGUUUCUAAAGUGCAAUGCGGUAAUCAGUCUGAGGCCCUGCAGACGAGUGUUUCUAAAGUGCAAUGCGGUAAUCAGGCUGAGACCCCACAGACGAGUGUUUCUAAAGUGCAAUGCGGUAAUCAGGCUGAGACCCCACAGACGAGUGUUUCUAAAGUGCAAUUCGGUAAUCAGUAUGAGGCCCUGCAGACGAGUGUUUCUAAAGUGCAAUGCGGUAAUCAGACCAAGACCCCACAGACGGGUGUUGCUAAAGUGAAUUGCGGUAAUCAGGCUGAGACCCCACAGACGAGUGUUUCUAAAGUGCAAUGCGGUAAUCAGGCUGAGACCCCACAGACGAGUGUUUCUAAAGUGCAAUGCGGUAAUCAGUCUGAGGCCCUGCAAACGAGUGUCUCUAAAGUGCAAUGCGGUAAUCAGGCUGAGACCCCACAGACGAGUGUUUCUAAAGUGCAAUUCGGUAAUCAGGCUGAGACCCCACAGACGAGUGUUUCUAAAGUGCAAUGCGGUAAUCAGUCUGAGGCCCUGCAAACGAGUGUCUCUAAAGUGCAAUGCGGUAAUCAGGCUGAGACCCUGCAGACGGGUGUUGCUAAAAGGGUACACAGUAAUCAGGUUGAGACCCAACAGCCAAUGGCCUUUGCUAAAGGGGCAUGUCCUAAUCAGGCUGAGACCACAAAGACGGGUGUUGCUAAAGGGGAAUUCCGUAAUCAGACCGAGACCCCAGAGACGGUUGUUGCUAAAGAGGCGUUCCACAAUCAGGCUCAGACCCAACAUCCGGGUGCUGCUAAAGGGGCAUGCCCUAAUCAGACUGAGACCCCGCAGAUGGCUGUUGCUAAAGGGGCAUGUCCUAAUCAGGCUGAGAUCCCAGAGUCAGGUGUUUAUAAAAGGGCACACCGUAAUCAGGCUGAGACCCCGCAGACGGGUGUUGCUAAAGGGGCAUGCCCUAAUCAGACUGAGACCCAACAGAUGGGUGUUGCUAAAGGGGCACGCCCUAAACAGGCUGAGACCCCAGAGAUGAACGUUUAUAAAGGGGCACGCCGUAAUUAGGCUAAGAACCCAAAGACAGGAGUUUAUGAAGGGGCACGCCGUAAUCACACUAAGACCCUGGAGAUGACUUUUGCUAAAGGGACACGCCCUAAUCAUACUGAGACCCCAGAUAAGGAUGUUUGUAAAGGGGCCAGGCUAUAAUCAGACUGAGACCCCACAGA